AUGGAUGCUCCAAACACCCUUCCUUUUUGGCUACUAAUACCGCUGUUUUCUGUUAUUUGGUAUUGUAUUCACUUUCUCCUCAUAUCGAAUUCUAAUGACGAAAAGUCCAAGAAACUCCCUCCAGGGCCAUACCCGUUGCCAGUCAUCGGUAACUUGCUGCAAAUCAGUGGACUCUUGCACAGACCACUUACAAAACUCUCUCAAACUUAUGGACCUUUGAUGUCGCUUAAAAUCGGAAGUAGAAGAGCAAUAGUUGUAUCAUCACCAGAAAUUGCCAAGGAAGUUCUUCAUAAGCAUGAUCUAGAGUUCGCAGGCAGAAGAAUCGUAGAUGCAAUCACAGCAUGGGACCACCAUAAGGUCUCAAUUGCCUGGUUGCCACCACAAAGCCAGUGGCGCAAUCUUCGCAAAAUAUGCAAAGAGCAUAUCUUUUCAUCAGAAAGGCUCAACGCUAGUCAAGGGCUCCGCCAACAAAAGGUGCAGCAACUGUGCAAUUAUGUAGGCCAACGCUGUCUCAAUGGACAGGCCAUAGAUAUUGGUGAAGCUGCCUUCUCAACAACUCUCGACUUGAUGUGGAACACUUUCUUCUCGGUUGAUUUUGCACAAUCCGAUUCUAUAUCCAGCUCUUUCUCGUCUCAAGGGGCGAAAGAAAUGGUAGGGAAUGCUUUCAAAAUUCUUUCUAUCCCUAAUCUCGUGGACUUUUUUCCCAUCCUCCGGGCAAUUGAUCCGCAGGGCAUAAGGCGCAGAGCCAAGGUACAUUUUGGAAAGUUACUUGAUAUUAUGGAUGGUAUCAUUCGUCAGAGAUCACAAGAAAGAUACACAUCCAACACUUAUCAAAGGAAAAAUGAUUUCUUGGAAACCCUUCUUGAUCUUAAUCAGCAAAAUGAAUCUGUAUGGAGCUACAAGGACAUGAAACAUUUGAUUUUGGAUUUAUUCCUUGGAGGGAUAGACACAAGUUCAGUCAUCGUGGAGUGGACAAUGGCAGAGUUACUACGCAACCCUGAAAAAAAAUCAAAAGCUAGGGACGAGAUCAGGAAAGUUAUUGGACAAAACGAGCUGGUUCAGGAAUCUGAUAUCUCAAAUCUCCCUUACUUGCAGUCGGUCAUUAAAGAAACCUUUCGUCUUUGGCCUGUUUUCCCAUUCCUAGUUCACCAAGCUCAAAGUGACACACAAAUCAAUGGAUACGUGGUGCCAAAAAAUGCUGAUAUAUAUGUUAACUUGUGGGGUAUGGGCAGGGAUCCAAGCUUGUGGUCAGAUCCUACUUCAUUCGUGCCUGAACGUUUCAUGGAUGGUGAGAUUGAUAUGAAGGGCCAGCAUUUUCAGCUCCUUCCCUUUGGCACGGGAAGAAGAAUGUGUGCUGGACUACCACUGGCUGAUCGAAUGGUGCACCUCAUGGUGGCUUCUUUGCUUCAUAAAUUUGAGUGGAAGCUUGAAGAAGGGAUCAAACCAGAAGAAAUUGACAUGACCGAAGAGUUUGAAGGUACAAUGCACAAGGCAGUGCCCCUUAAGGCCAUUGCUCUUUUAAAACCGCUUUAA